UUCACACGGUUCACACGCUUCACACCUUGACUGUGUACACCGGUGUUCACAGCCCUCACAGAGGUUCAGAGGAACUGAUAGUGACAGUAGACUGGUAGUGCAAGGAUGUUAUCCUAUAUAAAAAUUAAUAAUUUCAAAACGUAUGUGGGAGAAAUUGUUGUUGGUCCUUUGCGGAAGUUGACAGUUGUGCUGGGAAAAAAUGGGUCAGGUAAAUCAAACUUUACAGAUGCCAUUGGGUUUGUUAUGGGAACUGGACUGGAUAUGUUACGUGCAAGUAAUUUUGUUACCCUGAUUCAUGGAGGAAAUUUCAAGAAACCUGCUUCUGAUAGAGCUUCAGUGACAGCUGUGUUUAAUUUGGAGGAUGGUUCAGAGAAAGAGUUCACUCGCAUUAUUAAAAUCCAGCAACGUAGAUCUUCUGCGGUUUCAUCAUAUCUUAUAAAUGGAAAGGAAGUGGAUGAAAAAGCAUACCUGGCUGAACUUCAAAGUUUAGGUGUCUGUGUAAAUUUUGAGAACUUCUUUAUUUUCCAAGGAAAUGUUGAAACUUUUGUCAGGAUGAAAGCAAAGAACUUCACUUCUGUAAUUGAGGACCUCUCUGGCUCUGGAACUCUGAAGACAGAUUAUGAUGGAUUACACAGAAAAAUGAGGAAGUUAGAGGACCGACUUAACCAGCUGGUUCUCCAAAGGAAGACUCUAAUGAUAGAAAAUAAAAAGAAGAAGGCAGAAAUGCUGAUUUAUAAGGAAUACCAUAAUUUGAUAAAUGAGCUGGUAAGGAUUUCAUAAAGCUUCAAGAAAAUUGUGGUGUCAACAUAUAUAUGUUAUCAUUGUCCUUUUCCAAAACGUGCUGGACAGUCCUAUGGUAACGUGCCAAUAGAGUGAGAGUUCAGUUAUGUUUAUUAAUUAAAAUCUUAUUAAAUGUUUUACUUUAUAAUAUUAUUUAUGUUAAUCAGUUAAUGUAAGUGCUUUUGAUUAUGUGA